AUGAGUAGGCCUCAGCCCACAGGUGCGCAAAUAGCGCGAGCCGACGUUGUUGCUGCCAUGACCCGGUUGAACGAACUCUACGACCUCGCACUCGAAAUCCCGACUCGCAGCCGAUCGCCCAAACCCAGAAAAGGAAAACCUCCUGAAUUCUCAGAUGCUAUAUACGACAAACUACAAUUGCUCUACUCUCAAGGCAGCAUUGAGAGUGUGCUGAACAGAUUUGAUACCUGCAUAAGGCGGAAGAAUCGGCUAGAACGUAGUCAGGACCAUGAUCGCCAGUUGCUGCAAGAUGUGCUACAUCAGUGCUGUAGUCCAGAGCUGGCCGAGUCGGACAAACAUUCCCAUCCUCGCCGGUCUAAACGAUUAUCAAAUGACGACGAGGGCGAGGACAUAUCUCCCAAGCGCUGCAGGAAAAUACAGCUGCACAAACUCGACGUCGUGCAAACGCGUGCUUUGGCGAAGCCAGGACCAGGAAGAGGGCCACGACCUAGAACAUUGACAGCAAGAGAGUCUGAUGAGCAACAGGAAUCAGCCAAUACGAGCCGUACAUCGAUUGCGCCUUCUAUCUUCUCCGAGGGCGAGGACUUCGGGGCGACCCAGACAACCGCCGAAGCGUCUUCGCAGGAAACCAAACAUGUAUUGAGGCCCAGUUCCAAGGCUCUCCUGGAGAGAGAGCCAGCUGACUUUGAUUUUGAGCCCAACUCUGAUGAGGCUCAGGCCUUUGAAGAGGCCCAUGAAUGUUUUCCCAAGUCCGAUAAGCGAGAUGCAAGGAACAUGUCAAGUCCUAUCUUAUCGAGCUUCCCAGAAAGUCUUGUUUCAGACCCGAGUAAACCCGAGCUAAGGCUCAAUGCCGCCCAACGCGCCCUCCAAGAUCGUCUCGACCUGGUUUGGCCUCGCCUACCAGAAUGGCUCCAUUCCGCUCCACUAGCCAUCGCAUGGGAAGUGACGCGCAUUGCAUUACAUUGCAACAUUGAACUUAGCGACAUCAAAGGCUUAGCUUACGAUCAAAGCUGGGACAACCAGAAAACCCUCCGGUCUGUCUUGUACCAGCAUCCCCUAUUUCAAGGAAAGGCCUUUCCAGAGCAGUGCUCUUUAGAUGCUUGGAAUGCGGCAGUGAAGAAUUUUGAUAAAAUCGUUCUUUCUGCUGAACUGGACCGCAACCCUGCCCCGACUGGAGCCUUCUUCAUUUUAAAGCUCAAAGCGUUUACAAUAGAACAAUCUCACCGUCUAGGUAGACGCUUUGGCGAAGAUCGUUUUCUCGAGGUUUUGUCCCCUUCGAACGCCUCGUCAAUCAAGGAUCCCGAUUUGCUUCCAACUUUGAACAAUUGGUUAUGUCAUGGCAAACACAGGUUUGUCGGCUGCAAAUGGGCAGCGUUCUUCACAAAGGAUGCUGGGUAUAGGCGACCUGCCAGGGAGGUCCGCCUUGGACCCGACCCGAAGCCGGUUUUCAAGGAUCGCAUCUACUUUUUUGCCGAGGAUGGGAAUCGCUUCCAGUCACACCACCAUGCUGCAAAUGCGUCGUUUUCUGGUUAUCUCUUCACCCGGACGGCUCUCCCAGUCCACAGCAUGCUAAAUUGGCUUUUGCAACUCGACCUUGUCAAAAACCAGCGCCAGCCAUGGCCCAAGUUGUUUUCUCGCAUCCAACUAGGGUUGAGUAGAACUCACCCAACUGUGGUUUUUGCACCCUUGGAGAUCCACGCCGAAGAGCAUGAUCUAAUGUCCCCUGCUGGUAACGUCAUGAAUGACGGUAUCGGCCUUAUGUCUCGGAGUGUCGCUCGAGAAGUCCAACAAAUUUUGGGCAUUCAAGAUUUACCCUGUGCCGUGCAAGGUAGGCUUGGGAGUGCCAAAGGCAUGUGGAUAAUUGAUCCUUUUGACCAGUCCGACGACAGGUGGAUAAAAACCUACCCUUCGCAGCGAAAAUGGAAUUGCACGUCUGCGGAUUCUCAUCACCGUACACUGGAGAUCAAAACGCAUGCAAAGCCCCUUCGGUCCGCCAGUCUGAACCUCCAGUUCCUGCCGGUCCUCCACGAUCGCAGUAAACAUAAGCAUGGGAUGCGGGACUCCAUUGGCGAACUGCUCCGUACAAGUCUCCGCACUGAAUUGGAAAGCGUGCAGGUUGCUCUCCGUUCACCCCAACAGUUUCUCCAAUGGGUCCACGAGAACUCCAAUCAUCGUCAGGGCCUAGGUAACACCUCGUUUGAAGUCCCUCGCCUUGGCGGCUUGCCCGAACGUGACGAGGACGUCAUGGCUGAGAUGGUCCGUGCUGGGUUUAAUCCCAGAGGACAGAAAUACCUCCAGGACAUUGCCUGGAACAUUCAAAAACAAAAAUGUGAAACCCUCAGAGAGAAGCUCAACAUUAAAGUUGGAAUGUCGACUUAUGCUUUAAUGGUUGUCGACUUUUGGGGUGUGGUACCCGAGGGCGAGGUUCAUCUGUGCUUCUCUGAGAAAUUCACCUGCGAUGGCUUUUCCGGUACUUUACUCAACGACCAAGAAGUUUUGGUUGCUCGAUCGCCGGCACAUUACGUUAGCGAUAUCCAAAAGGUUAAAGCAGUGUUUAGGCCUGAGUUGAAGGAUCUCAAGGAUGUUAUCGUCUUUUCUAGAAAUGGGAACGUCGCGCUUGCAGACAGGUUGUCCGGAGGCGAUUACGACGGCGAUAUCGCCUGGGUUUGCUGGGAUAGUAAAAUUGUUGACAAUUUCCAAAAUGCUGCAGUCCCCGAUUCUCCCGAUCUGUUCCGACAGGGCUAUCUAAGUAAGAUCCCAGGAACUAUGUCAGAUUUGGUACGAGAAUUGGGGCUAGAAAAAGGUACAGGCGAGAUGAUCGCGCGGGGCUUCGAGUUCAACAUGCGGCAGAACUUUCUGGGCAUUUGCACCAACUUCAAGGAAAGGCUUUGCUAUAAGCGGAAGAAUGUCAACGACUCCGUGGCUGUUCUACUCAGCACCCUGGUGAGCAAUUUGGUCGACCAGGGCAAGCAGGGGAUUGUGUUCGAUGCAGGAUCAUGGCGACGGCUUCAGAUGGAGCUCCAUCCCGGGCCCGGUUUUCUUGAACUCCCACUAUACAAGGAGAAUAGCUGGAGAGGGACCAGGCUCCCGGAGCACAUAAUAGAUCACUUAAAGUUUACAGUGGCCAAACCACUCAUUGACAAGGAGUUGGGGGAUUUUAGCAAAUCACUUCAAAGCAAGUCGGGUGAAAAAGCACAUCACUGGGACAAGGACCUGGUGGAAGUUUGCAACUAUUGGGACGGCAUGAGAUCGUCCAAGUCAGUGGAAAAGCUGCUUGAUGCGCUAAAGUCGGACAUCAACGCGGUGGCAGUACUUUGGAAGAAGGUGAUGGCGGGGGCCAGGGACGGCGAUCGGUCAAGAGGCGAAUACCGAAGGAGGAUUAACGAGGUAUAUGAAGCCUGGCUCGACAUCAAGCCCGCUGUUCACUUGCACAGGUCUCUGCCUCGCUCCAAAACGGUCGCUAUGUUGUUGCAAUCCUACCUACACCCUGAACAGACAACCUGGGCUCUUCUUAAAGCCUCCAUGGCGUUCAAGUACCACGUCGAAAAGAACUCGUCAUUUGUGUGGAAGAUCGCGGGCGCGCAGUUGAUGCUGAUCAAAGCAAUGGCCGGGGGGCGACAACCGGCUCCCGUCACCCAAGGGAUGAUCCCUUUCCUCAGACCGGACAAGAAGAUGAUUGAUCGGUUCACUGCCGUGCAGGAGGGCACCGAAUCGCUUUAUGAGAGUGGCAAUGCCGGGACGGAUUAUGGCGGGGACGAUUUAUUUGAUGGUGCGAUUUCCGAUUGA